GCCAUCAUCCCUUUCGAUCGUCUCCCACGAACUCCCAGCAGCAUAGUAGACUACUAGAAAGUGACAAAUAAGAUCGUUGAUUGUUAGGAGCCAGUCAGCUAUAGGCAGCUGUAGCCAUGAGCACCAAGAACCAGAAGCAGCAGCAGCAGCAUGUAGCACUGCAGAUGGCGGUGGCAGCCAUGGCCACUCCUUGCACCAUCAAGCUCCUGCUCUUCGCCAUCCCCCUCGCCAUCGGCUUCGCGCUCGGCAUCGUGGCCACGCUCUCCCUCGUAAGCUCCACCACAUCCUACGCGCUCCCCGGCGCCGCUCUCGGCCUCUUCUUCCCGCCGCCCACGGCAAAACUGCCCAGCUCCAGCCCGGUACGCGCGCGCCAGCCGUCGCAGCCAGUGCUUCAGGUGGCGCCGGCAGUCGACGCCCGGUCCCCGCCGGCGCCGGUGGCGCCUGACGCCGGCAUUAGCACCGCUUAUGUACAUGCAGCAGCUGUGGCUGUGCCUGAGAGCUCGGAGGGUGAACGGCCGGCCGGCGCCGCCUCCAUUAAGAAGGAGGAGGACGACGACGAGGAGCUGAUGUCGCGGGCGGCGGCGGCGCCGAGGUCGGUGGUGGGCGCCCCGAAGGUGGCGUUCCUGUUCCUGGCCAAGUGGGACUUGCCGAUGGCGCCGCUGUGGGACAAGUUCUUCCAGGGCCACCGCGGGCUCUACUCCGUCUACGUGCACACCGACCCGGCGUUCAACGCCUCCGCCACAGACCAGCGGUCCGCCUUCUAUGGCCGACACAUCCCCAGCAAGGAGGUGAGAUGGGGCCACAUCAGCAUGGUGGAAGCCGAGCGUCGCCUCCUGGCGCACGCCCUCCUGGACCACUCCAACGCCCGCUUCCUCCUGCUCUCGGAGUCGCACGUCCCGCUCUUCGACUUCCCCACGGUCUACUCCUACCUCGUCAACUCCACCAAGGUAUUCGUGGAGUCCUACGACGAGCUCGGCGGGACCGGCCGCGGGCGGUACAAGCGCGGCAUGGCCCCCGCCGUGGCCGCCUGGCAGUGGCGCAAGGGCUCGCAGUGGUUCGAGCUGGACCGCGCCCUCGCCGCCUCCGUCGUCGCCGACGCCGUCUACUUCCCGGUGUUCAGGAGGCACUGCACGCGCAACUGCUACGCCGACGAGCACUACCUGCCGACGUUCCUCCACAUCCGCCACCGGGGGGCCGCCGCCAAGCGGAGCGUCACGUGGGUCGACUGGUCACACGGCGGGCCGCACCCGUCGCGGUUCACCAGGAUGGAGGUCACGGUGGACUUCCUGCGAUGGCUCCGAGGCGGGACGACCUGCGACUACAACGGGAGGACCACCACCGUCUGCUUCCUCUUCGCCAGGAAGUUCCUGCCCAACUCGCUCACCCGCUUCCUCAGAUUCGCGCCAAAGCUCAUGGGCUUCGGCUGAAUUGGAGGACCUAUACAUAUGACCGCCCAAUUUUCUUUGCUUUAGGGUACAAUACAAAGAUACAUACAUCGUCACACGAUUCUUUGGUUCAUGUUCACCGGCUCCUUUUUUCUUCAUAGAUUUCCUUCUGUAAUGACCAAUAUAUGUACUCUAGCAAAUGCAAGAGCAUAAGAAAGAGAAGAAGAAUUUGUUAAUCAA